AUGUCACAGCAGAAGCAGCAAGCCUGGGAACCCCCUAGUGCUCCCAAAUGCUCAUCUCCCCAGUGCCCAACCCCCACCCUGGCUGUCUGCUCUGCUCCUUGCUGUGACCCCCAUUCAGGAGGCUGUGAUUCUGGUUCCCAAAAGCCUGGGAAGCAGAGUCCUGGCCGUUCUCAGAGGGCUCACCGCAAGAAGCCCCGCUGCCUCAGUGGUGGCACAGUCUACCACAUCAAAGAGGAGGAAUGCUGAG